AAACGUAUUUUGCAAACAAUUGAUUUGAAAUGAGUUUUAAUCGUACUUUAGUUGCAAACAUGCAUUUAUAGUGUAUUUGCAAAUGAAAUGUAUAUCAUAUGAAGUGUUUUGCAAAUAUAUUGGACACAAUUGGACCACAAAUGCAUUUUCAUGAGUCCUCGACGUAUGGACUAAUGUAUGGUUUAUUGCGUUCAAUGUUUUCAUAACAAAACAAUUGUCUGUCUUUGCACUCAAUUAUGUCUUUCAAGACAUUUGUUGACGUUUUGCUUCAGAGGUAUAGUGACUACCAGUUAGACGACUGUCCCUACGAGGUGUUUGUCGUGGGAGGCGUCUCACCCGGAAAUAAGCAAGGCAACCAUCUAAUCCUUCCUCCGGCUCUAUCUCUCAACAAAUGCUGUGUGAAGAGCGCCGGCUCUGAGAAAAAGAUCCGAGAGUUAUGUGCGACUGUAGAGGAACUGGAUUUGGCCUCAAAUUGCAUUAUGGAUAUGCGGGAAAUCUACAAAAUCACGCGAUCGAUGCCUAACUUAAGAUUCAUAAACUUAAGUGAAAACGAUUUAUCCGAUUGUAAUAUCGAAAGCCUAGACAACCAUCGGUUUGAUAACAUUAAAAGUCUUGUACUAAACAAUACAAGAAUCCCGUGGAAUGCGUUACACAUUCUGCUCGACUCGAUGCCAUGUGUCGAUGACCUACACCUCAGUCUUAAUAAUUAUUCAUCCAUUGAGUUAAACUCAGGUCACAAAUAUCCAAAUCUUAAGUACCUAUACAUUAGCGGAAACCCACAGCUAAGCGAUUGGGAGGACAUUAAGAAACUGAUGCGAACCUUCCCAUGUCUUGAAGGCCUAUCAAUGGCUGAUUGCAAUAUAUCAUUGAUUCCUGAGGAGGCCGUCAACUAUUUGCCUAAUUUGCAGAGUCUUAACAUAAGCAACUGGCCCAUCAAGUCGUGGCAGUGCAUCGAAAGGCUCAAUCAAGUCGACGCCAUCAUCUCAUCGCACGAUUACCUAAUAUUCAACGCCUUAAUGGCAGUGAUAUCAGUGAAGACGAAAGAGUCUUCGCUGAAAAAGCUUUCCUUCGCUGGUAUGUUAUCAAUGAAAGUCAAGAAAAGCCUCAAAAUGAAGACGAAAGAGUCUUCGCUGAAAAAGCUUUCCUUCGCUGUUCACGGAAGGGUCGACCCUUUGGCAGAAUUGGAUUUCUCGCCACCAAAGCACGCGGACGUCAAAGUGGUCUACAAUGAGGACGAGAACAACGAAGUGACAAAUGAAGACCAAGAGAAGAGACAAACAAAAGAUUUGAAAUUAGAUUUAAAUAAAUCUGUCGGCGAUUUCAAAAGCGAAUUGGGGUCUAUGUUCGGAGUGUCUCCCACUCGGAUGCGUGUGUUUUAUGUGGACAGCGAGAUGUCUGACUUAAUUGGACCGGAACUGUUGCGUUUCAAUCAGAAAAAGUUGUACACAUAUAAUGUUAGAGACGGCGACCAAUUCCUAAUCGAUCACAAAUAGACUUCAUAUAAAUAGCUCUUCAUAUCGAUUGCUCUCC